AAUCAUCAGUUAAGCCGCUAGCUAGCUCCACCCAGUUAGCAUGUCGAUGAUCUCCAGCAUGCUGGGCCGGAAGCAGCAGCCGCCGCCGUCACCGCAGCAGCAGCAGCAGCAAGCGGCGGGCCAGAAGACAAACGGCCGGACCGGCAGCGAGGCCGUGGAGCCGAUGAGCAUCGACAUCCUGGAGCCGUUCAUGGACGCCAUCACGCUGUCGGCGUUCACGGGGCCGGUGCUGGGCCAUCCGACGCCGUUCUCGACGGCGAGCAUGGACUGGAAGGAGACCCCGACGGCGCACGUGUUCAUGGCGGACGUGCCGGGCCUGCGGAAGGAGGAGGUGAAGGUGGAGGUGGAGCAGGAGCGGGUGCUCCGUAUCAGCGGGCAACGCGCCCGCGCCGCCGAGGAGAAGGGCGACCGGUGGCGCCGCGUGGAGCGGAGCGCCGAGCGGUUCGUGCGCACCGUGCGGCUGCCGCCCGACGCCGACACCGACGGCGCCGGGGUGCAUGCCUCGAUCGACAACGGCGUGCUCACCGUCACCAUCCCCAAGGACGACGGCAGGAAGGCCCACGGCAGGAUCAUCCCCAUCACCAACUGAUCGAUCGACUAUGCACCUGUCGACUUAAUAAAUUAGUAUACGGAGUA